CACUUGCAACAGUAGAGGCAGAUUAACUUAACAGUUCAAUUCCACUAACAAGUAACAGUCUGACCCAAACUAAACUAUGGCAGCUUUCAAUCUGAGUCUUGACGAGAGAUACACCUUCAUACGGAAGGCAGGUGCAGGUACUUAUGGCACCACCUGGACCGCAGAAGACCGAACCACAGGACAGCUGGUGGCAGUCAAGUCGAUAGGCAAGCAAAACACAACACGAACCGACUUCAAGAGAGAGCUCAAGUACGGCAAGAUUGUGUCUUCACACCCUAACAUCAUCACCACUCACAACUGUGCCUUUGAAACACAGAACUCAUAUGUGAUGGUGCAGGACUUUGCAGAGGGUGGAGAUCUGUUUGAUGCCAUCACUCCAGAAAUCGGCCUACCUGAGAAAACAGUAAAGAAAUUCAUCUGUCAGAUCGCAGAAGCAGUGGAUCAUGUGCACAGUAAAAACCUGGUCCACAGAGAUAUCAAGCCUGAGAACAUUGUGCUGGGUGACCGCAAUGGAUCCUUUGUUCAACUGAUUGAUUUUGGCAUGGCCCUCCGCACUGGCACUCACGUGUCUCGUGUGUCUGGAAGUAUCCCUUACACUUCUCCCGAGAUCUGUAAUGCUUCUGACAAGACCGGCUUCUUUGUGGACGCCUCGUGUGAUGUGUGGUCAGUGGGUGUUCUCCUCUUCUGUAUGCUCACUGGCAACUUCCCCUGGGAACAGGCAACACUCUCAGACCCAAACUACUUCAAAUUCGUACAAUGGCAAAACGGAGUCACAACUAAGCCUCCUAAAAUGUGGCAGAAAUUCUCCCCCAAACUUCUCUCUCUGUUCAACCACCUUCUGGCCAUGGACCCUCAAGAUCGAUGUGACAUCACAGAGAUUCUCAAAUACUCUAACGAAUCGUGGCUGGUUCAAACUCCACUACCAGCUGUCAGUACUAGUCACUGGUACCAGUCUUACAAAGACUCUGAACUAUCCGUUUAUCCUUCAUCUCAUGUCACUGCUUUUUAAUGUACAAUCUUGUAUGUCCAUUCACAGGUUCCUUAUUUAUGAUCAUCAUCAUCUCAAUUCAGUUUAGCAACCUUUAUCACUUAUUCUUCAUUCUUUCUCUGUGCCAUCAGGUUAAUAAUGACCUAAAAACCUCAAUAUAAACUUGUGUAAUAUUGGGU